CUUGACAAAAAGAGAGACCCAAUGAAUGAAGCCAGAUGCCUUCUUCUUGGACUUCUUUCUUGGUGUGUCUUCAUCUGCACUGGAUUUCUUGGAUUUGGCCUUGGAGUUUUUUGAUGGGGCUUGGCUGGCCUUUGGAACUUUGCUCUUGCCUUUCCUAUGAAGGACUGCAUCUGAAACUUCUUCCGGGGCCAUUUUGGCGAAAGUGAUCCUCAAAUUCUUUAUCACAUUUGAAGAGAGUGUUGGAGGUGUUGCUGAACAAGCCAGGCAAUGCUUUUCAGAACAGCUAUUGCCUUUGUAAUCUUGUUUCAUCAGACUCGUGUGUCUAUUAUCCCUCCCGUCCACAGCUAAAAAUAGCCUCUCAUUGUCAUGUCCUUCAGUCUCUCGCAGCCAGCCACACUGAUUGAUGCGCAUUGCCCACAAACAGGGGAGCAAAGCCAAGAAGCAAAUGGAUCGGAAGGGAUGAUCACUUAGCAGGCAGCAAUAGCAUCCAAACCCUUGUAAAUAGCAUCAGAGGACGAAUUCAAUUCAAUUCAAGGACACAAACAAAAUAAAUGGCGGAGGUUGCCAACCUCUCGUCGAGCUCCCUUGAGCCGACGGUGAAGCCGCUGGCGGCGGCGUGCUACGACAACAACCUGGUGAACUCGCAGGGCAUGUUCCUGGGCGACCAGCCGCUGCGCUUCUCCCUCCCGCUCCUCCUCGUCCAGGUCUCCGUCAUCCUCGUCCUCUCCGCCGCCGCCCGCCUCCUGCUCCGCCGCCUCGGCCAGUCCCGCUUCGUCACGCACAUGCUCGUCGGCGUCCUCCUUGGCCCCACCGUGCUCGGCCGCAGCGAGUCUUUCCGCGGCGUCCUCUUCUCCGAGCGCGGCACCUACAUCCUCGAGAGCGUCUCCCUCGUCGCCCUCAUCCUCUUCCUCUUCUCCAUGGGCGUCAAGACCGACCUCAGCCUCCUCCGCCGCCCCAGCGGACGCGCCGUCGCCGUCGGCAUCACCGGCUCCCUCGUCCCGCUCGCCGUCACGCUCCCCGUCUUCCACGCCCUCCAGCCCUCGCUCCCCGAGGACCUGCGCGGCUCCUCCCUCAUCACCGAGCUCGCCGUCCGCCUCUCCCUCUCCUCCUUCCCCGUCAUCGCCGACGCGCUCUCCGACCUCGACCUCCUCAACACCGACCUCGGCCGCAUCGCGCUCACCGCCUCGCUCAUCACCGACGUCACCUCCUGGUUCCUCCGCGCCUGCUCCGCCGCCGUCUUCCUCGUCUCCGAGGCCAAGUCGCCGGCCUUCACGGCGCAGAUCCUCGCCUCCUUCGUCGCCUUCGUGCUCUUCGUCGGCUUCGUCGCGCGCCCCGCCGGCCGCUACAUCGCCUACAAGCUCACCCCGGCGGGGUCCCUCCUCUCCGAGGGGUCCUUCGUCGUCGUCGUCAUCGCCGCGCUGCUGUCGGCGCUGGUCACGGACGCCAUCGGGUUCAAGUACAUGAUCGGGCCCAUGAUGCUGGGGCUGGCGCUCCCCGGCGGCAUGCCCAUCGGCGCCACCAUGACGGAGCGCCUCGACUCCUUCUUCAUCGCGCUCUUCCUGCCCGUCUACAUGGCGCUCUCCGGCUACCGCACCGACCUCGCGGAGCUCACCAAGGAGGAGACCUCCGAGAAGUGGUGCGCGCUGGAGCUCUUCGUGGGGCUCUGCGUCUCCGGCAAGCUGGUGGGCUGCGUCGCGGCGGGGCUCUUCUUCGCCAUGCCGUUCCGCGACGCCAUCGUGCUGGCGCUGAUGCUCAACAUCCGCGGCAUCGUGGAGGUGGCGGCCAUCAACAACUGGGGCGACACCAUGAAGGCCACGGCGGAGCACUACAGCAUCCUGACGCUGUCCAUGGUGCUCAUCACGGCGGUGUCGACGCCGCUGAUCAAGCUGCUGUACGACCCGGCGGGGCAGUUCAUGCGGGCCAAGCGCCGGACGCUGGAGGACCUGCGGCCCAGCGCCGACCUCCGCCUGCUCACCUGCCUCUACAGCGAGGACCACGCGGCGCCGCUGAUCGACCUGCUGGAGGCGUCGGCGGGGUCCUCGCGGGAGAGCCCCGUGUCGCUCAUCGUGCUCCACCUCACGGAGCUCGUCGGCCGCGCCGCCUCCGUGCUCAAGCCCCACCGCCAAAGUAAGAGCGGCGGCGGCGGCGGCAGCAGUAGCAGCGACCGCAUCAUGAACGCGUUCCGGCACCUGGAGCAGCAGGCGGCGCCGGGCGCCGUGACGGUGAGCCCCUACGUGGCGCAGGCGCCCUACAGCUCGAUGCACCACGACGUGUGCUCGCUGGCGCACAGCCGCAAGGCCAACCUCAUAAUGCUGCCCUUCCACAAGUCCUCCGACGGGGCGCGCAGCACCGCCAACAACUCCAUCCGCUCCAUCAACCGCGCCGUCCUCCAGUACGCGCCCUGCUCCGUCGCCAUCCUCGUCGACCACGGCCUCGCCGCCGGCUCCGCCUGCGCCACCAGCGCCAACAGCCUCCUGCAGAGGGGCGCGCUCUACUUCCUGGGCGGGCCCGACGACCGCGAGGCGCUCGCGUACGCCGCGCGGAUGCCGGACGCCGGGAACAUGUCGCUCACCGUGGUGAGGUUCAAGCUGCGCAACUGGGUGGGGAUGGGCGGCAGCGACGAGGCCAGGGACGAGGAGGUGCUGCACCAGUUCUGGACCAGGCACCGAGACAACGACCGCGUCGUGUACGUGGAGAAGACGGUGGAGGACGCGGAGGGCACCGCCUCCGUGGUGCGCUCCAUGAGCGAGAAGUUCGACCUGCUCAUCGUGGGCCGCCGGGGCGGGGACGACAAGGACCUAGAGGGAUCGGCGGCGCUCACCAGCGGGCUCUCGGACUGGAGCGAGUUCCCGGAGCUGGGCGUGCUGGGCGACAUGCUGGCCUCCGCCGAGUUCGCGUCAAGGGUCUCCAUCCUCGUCAUCCAGCAGCAGCCGAUCAAGAACGCCCCAGCCUGUUAGAUCAUGACGCGCUGCACUGGUGUUAAUUAAUUUUGAUUUGAGAAGAAAAUUGAUGUCUUUGUUCUUGUAAUCAGAUCAUGCUGGCUACAUACAGUUUUACACCAAAUGGGAAUCCAGACUAAAUCAA